AUGAGCUUUGGUAUUAGAAUUGCUAUCGAUAGGGGAGGGACAUUCACGGAUUGUAUUGGUACUUCGGGUACUGGACGGCCCGAGGACGACGUAGUCAUCAAGCUUUUAUCCGUGGACCCCGCUAACUAUCCUGAUGCGCCGCUAGAAGGUAUUAGACGUUUGCUAGAGCACUUCCAGAACAAGCAGAUCCCUCGAGGACUACCUCUCUGCAUUGCAGGCAUCGAGAGCAUCCGAAUGGGCACUACAUUGGCAACAAACUGCCUGCUAGAGAGAACGGGGGAACGAUGUGCAUUUGUGACCACGAAGGGUUUCAAAGAUGCGCUGCUUAUCGGUGACCAAACACGGCCUCGUAUUUUUGAUUUGUCAAUUAAGCGGCCUGAUAUGCUUUACGACGUUGCUGUGGAGAUUGACGAAAGAGUCACGCUGGUUGAUUACUCUGAAGACCCCACCAGGCAUAAAUCAACUGCUGACUCCUCUGCUGGGAAGUAUGCUGGCCGCUCUGGAGAGAUUGUGCACGUACUCAAGGUGCCCAAUGAGGAUGAAGUACGCUCUACGUUGCGAGUAUUGUAUGCCAUGGGCAUUAGACAGGUAGCUAUUGCCCUGCUACACUCUUACACCUACCCAGCCCACGAAGAGAUUGUAGGAAGAAUUGCGGAGGAAGAAGGGUUUACCCAUAUCUCGCUGUCGUCCCAGGUGUCUCCGAUGAUUAAGUUUGUUCCGCGGGCGACUUCUGCUGUUGUAGAUGCCUAUCUGACACCUGUUAUUAAAGACUACUUAAAAGGUAUUUACGCCGGCUUGAGGGAAAGUGAUAACACAUCUAUUCAGUUCAUGCAGUCAGAUGGCGGCCUCGUUGAUGCACGCCGUUUCUCCGGGCUCAAAGCUAUAUUGUCAGGCCCAGCAGGUGGUGUUGUAGGAUAUUCACAAACAUGCUCCUGCUCCGAUAAUGCGCCGUUGAUUGGUUUCGAUAUGGGGGGUACAUCCACAGAUGUAUCUCGGUUCGAAGGCAGGCUGGAGCAUAUUUUUGAAACAGAGAUUGCAGGCGUUACGUUGCGCUCUCCACAACUGGAUAUCAAUACUAUUGCUGCUGGCGGUUCAUCUCGCCUUUUCUGGGAAAAUGGGCUGUUUAGAGUUGGCCCAGAAUCUGCUGGCGCAGAUCCUGGGCCAGUGGCCUAUAGAAAGGGUGGGCCAUUGACAAUAACUGAUGCGAACUUGGUGCUCGGUCGUUUGAUCCCCGAGUUCUUCCCCAGUAUAUUUGGGCCUAACGAAGACCAGUCAUUGGACAUCGAAGCGACGAAGGGGAAGUUUUCAGAAUUGGCAAACAUCAUCAAUACUGAAUUAGGCAGUAAUAUGACAGUUGAAGAAGUUGCUUAUGGAUUCAUAUGUGUCGCCAAUGAGUCUAUGGCAAGACCGAUCCGCAAGAUGACCGAGGGUAAGGGCCACCUGCUUUCGCACCACCGCUUAGUUUCCUUUGGAGGUGCAGGUGGUCAACAUGCAGUUGCAGUGGCACACUCAUUGGGCAUAGAAACCGUCCUCAUGCACAGGUACUCAGCAAUUUUAUCUGCGUAUGGAAUGCUUUUGGCGGAUGCGGUAGAAGAGGAGCAAGUGCCAUGCUCCAUUUUCUUGCAAGAUACAUCUUCUAAAGACCAGCUAAAUGAAAUAUUCCACCAAUUGAUUACCAGUACCUCAAUUAGCCUUCUUAAGCAGGGAUUGGCCGACGAUCGGCUUGAAUUCGAGAGAUACCUGAACUUACGUUAUGAGGGUACUGAAACAAGUCUUAUGGUUCUACAAGAAGGAGACUCGUGGGAUUUUGUAGAAAGGUUCACAAAACUCCACAAGCGUGAGUUUGGCUUUGUUUUCGCCGAGAAGAGGAUUUUAGUGGAUGAUGUCCGUGUGCGUGCUCUAGGUAAGUCUAUGGUGCGGAACCAGGAGCCUGUUGAUCAGCAGUUAUCCCAGGUCACUCGUUCUACAGCUGACCCUUCUAAGGAUGCAAAGUUCUUUAAGGACGUGUAUUUCGUCGAUGGGUUUAUUAAGACACCUAUUUACAGGUUAGAUAGUUUACCGGUAGGUACCUGUAUUGAAGGACCUGCGAUAUUGGCAGAUGAUCAUCAGACUAAUAUUAUUCCACCUGGAGCUGAAGCGAUCAUCCUGAAGACACAUGUCUACAUCCAGAUCAGUUGUAACCAACAGAAGAUUACCAAUGAUGAAGUGGACAAAAUAAACCCUGUCAUGUUGUCGAUUUUUGGUCAUAGAUUUAUGGACAUAGCAGAGCAGAUGGGAAGCCAGCUUCGUAAGACCUCCGUGUCUACGAAUGUGAAGGAAAGACUUGAUUUCUCCUGUGCAAUUUUUGACCACGAAGGUAAUCUGGUGGCGAAUGCUCCUCAUGUGCCCGUGCACUUGGGGUCCAUGUCUACUUGUAUUAAAGCACAAGCAACCUUAUGUAAAGGAAAACUUAAGAAAGGGGAUGUCUUAAUUUCGAAUCACCCAGAUAUUGGCGGCACUCAUUUACCGGAUAUCACCAUAAUAAGCCCAGUAUUUUCCGAUGAGAAAGAUGAUCCGCUCUUUUAUGUAGCUUCUAGGGCACACCAUGCUGACAUCGGUGGGACCCUUCCGGGAUCUAUUCCUCCCAAUUCGAAAGAACUUUAUGAGGAAGGCGCGAUGAUAUAUUCAGAGAAGGUUGUCAAGGCCGGUCAAUUCAAUGAAGCGCUCCUAAAGAAGCUUCUUUUUGAAGAUCCCGCGAAAUAUCCCGGAUGCUCCGGAUCCAGAAGAUUAUCCGACAAUAUUAGUGAUAUCAAGGCACAGAUCGCUGCCAACACUAGAGGUAUUCAAUUGCUUAACCAACUGGUUGACGUUUUCGGUCUAGGGACUGUUACAAGGUACAUGGACGCAAUUCAGGAAAAUGCAGCUCUUACUGUAAAGAAUGUCUUGCGAAAGAUUACCAAGCAUUUUGGCAAAACCGUCUAUUCGGCCGAGGAUUAUAUGGAUGAUGGCUCUGUUAUAAAACUUAGGGUGGAGCUAAAUGCUAAGGAAGAUAAGUAUAUUUUUGAUUUUACGGGGACUUCUCCACAGGUCCACGGUAACCUCAAUGCACCUGUUGCUAUUACCAACUCUGCCAUCUUAUACUGCUUACGUUGUUUUGUAGACGAAGAGAUUCCGCUCAACCAGGGCUGCCUAAAGCCCAUUACUGUUAUUAUUCCAGAGAGCUCUAUCCUAUGGCCGACCAAGGGUGUCGCGGUAGUGGGAGGUAAUGUCAUGACGUCUCAGCGUGUAACUGACGUAAUUCUCAAAACUUUUAAAGUCAUGGCGGACUCCCAAGGAGACUGCAAUAACUUUACUUUUGGGACAGGUGGGAACGACGCUUCUACCGGUGAAUAUACUCAGGGUUUUGGAUAUUAUGAAACCAUAUGUGGCGGGCAUGGUGCAGGUGGAGAUUCAUGGCGUGGUCCGGGGUGGCAUGGAACACAUCCUGUUCACACAAAUAUGACCAACACCCGUAUGACAGACACUGAGAUAUUCGAACGACGCUAUCCAGUAAUCCUGCGCGAAUUCUCGAUUAGGAAGGGCUCGGGAGGUAAUGGUCUUUACCGCGGUGGUGAUGGCGUCACUCGCGACAUCGAAUUCAGCGUUCCGGUACAAGCCUCCAUAUUGUCUGAACGCCGUUCACUACCACCAAAUGGUCUAGAAGGCGGUUUCCCUGGUAAACGUGGUUUGAAUUUGUGGGUCCGUCACGAGACGGGAGCUACUAUGAAUAUCGGUGGGCGGAAUACCGUACAAGUACAGCCCGGCGACAGAAUGAUUAUUAAUACCCCUGGUGGCGGCGGAUUUGGCAUUCCUCCAAACUAA